AUGCAAGCAUCGCCUGCCGACCAAUGGAUGGCCAUCAGUGCAGUUCGGCUGCGUGGCGUGAGCAUUGCGCUUGCAUGCCGGGCGUUUCAGGUCAGCGAAAGCUGCUAUCGCUAUGAACGUAAGUUAAGCGAUGAGAAUGUUGAGAUCGCGGACUGGCUGGUCCGACUGACGACAGCGCACAGAACCUGGGGCUUCGGCUUGUGUUUCCUUUAUCUGCGCAAUGUCAAAGGCUUUGCAUGGAACCACAAGCGUGUCCGGCGGAUCUAUCGUGCGCUUGAACUGAACUUGCGCAUCAAACCCAAGAAGCGCUUGGUGCGGGAAAAGCCGGAGCCGUUGGCUGUACCCGACAAGGCAAAUGUCACUUGGUCGAUGGACUUCAUGUCUGAUCAGUUGGCCGAUGGCCGUAGCUUCAGGACAUUGAACGUGUUGGACGACUUCAACCGUGAAGGGUUGGGCAUCGAAGUAGACAUCUCCAUUCCUGCCCUUCGUGUCAUACGCUCGCUGGAGCGGAUCAUCGAAUGGCGCGGCCAGCCCUUGAACAUCCGGGUGGACAACGGCCCGGAAAACGUCAGUGCUGCGCUGCAAAUAUGGGCCUCGAGACGCGGGAUCGGUUUGCAGUACAUCCAGCCCGGCAAGCCGCAACAGAACGCCUAUGUCGAACGCUAUAACCGGAUCGUCCGCCAUGAAUGGCUAGGACAAUACAUAUUCGAAACCAUCGAGGAGGCGCAGGACCACGCCACACGCUGGCUAUGGACAUACAACAACGAGCGGCCCAACAUGGCCAUCGGCGGCAUUACGCCCGCAAUGAAACUGAAAGCAGCGGCCUGA